AUGAGCUGUAUUAUCUUUAAUUGCAAAAGAUCUUGUUCUGAACAAGAAACUUCUUUAUGCGACAUACAUUACUCGAUCUUGAAAGUGAAUCCUUCGAUUUUUCCCAGCACACAUAAAAUACAAAGUGAUUCAAAGAGGUACACCCAUCUAAUAUCUUUGCGUAAAGAUACUGCCGAGUAUAAUAAGAUUAAAGCAAAGUUCUUGGCGGAUUGGGUCAAGAAAAAUGUGCAAGGUUUACGAGUAGAAGCCAUUUAUAAUAUCAUCUUACCACACAAAAUAACUCGCCAAUACAAUGUUUAUAAAUCUCAAGUCGAAUCUCAAAUCAACAACAAAGCUCUCGGUCUUCCAGAAGCGAACGAAAAGUUGCUUUGGCACGGAACAGACCAAUUAUGUUGCAUUUUUUAUGACAAGCCAACUAUUGUGCCAACACCAUGUGCUACCGCCAACUGUCCUGGUUGUGGCAUCCUGAUGAACUCUUUUUCGAUGCAGAAGGUGGGAGCUAAUCAUCAAGGAAGAACAUUUCAAAGAUUGGGUCAGGGAUUGUACUUCACGCCGCAUUCGAGUAAAGCGCAUUUUUAUGGACAUCUUGGAGCUAAGUCUUUGCCGAAUGAAAAUGGACGAUAUUGCCGAAUUAUGUUCUUGUCUAAAGUAAUUAUCGGUAAUCCGUGGGCACCGGAAAGCGUAGCGCAAAAUGCGAGGGGUCCGCCAGCGGGAUACAAUUCGACUUGGGGACGUGUUGGGCAUUGUCCACACGGGGGUGCAAGGUUGAAUUAUGAGGAGUAUGCUGUUUAUAGACAAGAUGCGUGUCUACCAGUGAACUAUAUAGCAUAUUCUUAUACAUCGAGCAGUGAAUAG